GAGAUGAACCAGGAGGAACUGGCCGACACACUGUGGGGCGAGGAGCUUGGAACUAUCCGUUCUAAAUUCGUGGACAGAGUCUCAGACCCAGUUAUCAAAGGUCUCCUGGAUGACCUUUGGCAGCAGCAGGUGUUCAAUACUGAGGAAAAGGACUCUGUGAUGGAGGGCCUGAAGAUCAGAGCGGACCGAGCACGUUGUCUGAUCGACAUGGUGAUCGGUAAAGGGGAGAGAGCAAGUCAGAUGAUGAUCGAUAGUAUGAAGAAGAGGGACAAACACUUAUGCAUCAAGCUGGGUCUGAUCUCUUCUCUUGCUGGUGUGGAACAAGUCAGGAAUCAAUCUGCUGGUCUGAUUACGUCAGGCAGUAGUGGCCGGGGGAGCUUGCCCGAGUCUGAGCUUUCUGCCCCUAUGGACGGGAAGUCAUCUGUUCCACUUGACCGGCAUGGUAGCACGCUGGGAUCUCCUGCUGUCGAGUGCCAACAAAAGAUCAAGUCUCGUUUAAAGAGGAUGUUCAAGUGUGUGUUUCAGGGAAUCCCUAAAGCAGGACAUUCAACACCUCUGAAUGAGUUCUACACUGAGCUCUUCAUCACAGAGAGAGGCAGUGGAGAGGUCAACAAGGAACAUGAGGUCAGAUUGAUUGAAACAGCUUCCAGUGAUCCAUUCAAGGAGGAAACACCAAUCAAAUGUGAGGACAUCUUUAAACCCUUACCUGGAAAAGAUAAGUCAAUCCGGACAAUAAUGACAACUGGAGUGGCCGGCAUUGGUAAAACCAUCUUAACACACAAGUUCACUCUGGACUGGGCAGAAGGCAAAACCAACCAGGACAUACACUUCACAUUUCUCCUCACUUUCAGAGAGCUGAAUUCACUGAAAGGGAAAGAGUUUAGCUUGGUGGAACUUCUUCAUCGCUUCAUUAUUGAGACCAAAGAAGCAGGAAUCUGCAGAUUUGACCGGUUCCAAGUUGUCUUCAUCUUGGAUGGUCUGGAUGAGUGUCGACUUCCUCUGGACUUCCAGAACAACCCGAUCUGGACUGAUGUCACAGAGUCCACCUCGGUGGACGUGCUGCUGACAAACCUCAUCAGGGGCAAGCUGCUUCCCUUUGCUCGCAUCUGGAUAACCACACGCCCUGCGGCAGCAGAUCAGAUCCCUGCUGAGUGUGUUGACAUGGUGACAGAGGUCAGAGGGUUCAACGACCUACAGAAGGAGGAGUACUUCAGGAAGAGAUUCAGAGACGAGACGCUGGCCAGCAAAAUCAUCUCCCAUGUCAAGAAAUCACGCAGCCUCCACAUUAUGUGUCACAUCCCAGUCUUCUGUUGGAUCACUGCUCAGGUUCUGAAGGACUUUUUCAAAGAUCCCCAGAUAGGAGAAGAGGUGCCCAAGACCGUGACUCAGAUGUACAGCCUCUUCCUGAGGGUUCAGUCCAUACAGGGGGACAGGAAGUAUCGUGGGAUAGAUGAUAAAGACUGGAGUUCACAGAGUAGGAAGAUAAUUUUUUCUCUGGGAAAACUGGCUUUUAAACAGCUAGAGAGUGGCGACCAGAUCUUCUACGAGGAAGACCUGGCAGAGUGUAAAGAAUAUUUCAACGAAGCCUCAGUGAACUCAGGACUGUGCACCCAGAUCUUUAAAGAGGAGUGUGGGCUCAUCCAAGGUGACAAGGUGUUCUGCUUUGUCCAUCUGAGCGUCCAGGAGUUUCUGGCUGCCCUUCAUGUCUUUAAGUCCUUCAUCGACGAUGAAGGACUUAAUCUGCUCACAGAAGAGCCAAUCUUCGGUGAAGAUAAACUCCUCCUCCUCUACCAGAGUGCUGUGGACAAGGCCUUAGAGAGUAAGAACGGACACCUGGACUUGUUCCUCCGCUUCCUCCUGGGCCUCUCUCUGGAGACCAAUCAGAAUGUCCUACGAGGUCUGUUGGGCCAGACACGAAGAAUGGGCUCACAGACCACUAAGAAAACAGUGUCUUACAUCAAGAAGAAGAUAGGUGGAGAUCUCUCUACAGAGCGAAGCAUCAAUCUGUUCCACUGUCUGAAUGAGCUGAACGACCAUUCUCUAGUGGACCAGAUCCAACAGUUCCUGACAUCUGGAAAUCUCUCCAAAAAACGUGUCUCUCGUGCUCAGUGGGCAACUCUGGUCUUCAUCUUACUGUCAUCGGAAGAGAACCUGGAUGUGUUUGACCUGAAGAAAUACUCAGCUUCAGAGAAGGGUCUUCAGAGGCUGCUGCCAGUGAUCAAAGCCUCCAAAACAUCUCUGCUGAAUGGCUGUCAUCUGUCAGAGAGAUGCUGUGAAGCUCUGGCCUCAGUUCUCAGCUCCAACUCCUCUAGUCUGAAAAAGCUGGACCUGAGUACCAAUGAUCUGAAGGAUUCAGGAGUGAAGAAGCUGCUCUCUGCUGGACUUGGGAGUCCAGACUGUACACUGGAAACUCUCAGCCUGAAUGGCUGUAGUCUGUCAGAGAAAUGCUGUCAAGCUCUGGCCUCAGUUCUCAGCUCCAACUCCUCUAGUCUGAGAAAGCUGGACCUGAGUACCAAUGAUCUGAAGGAUUCAGGAGUGAAGCUGCUCUCUGCUGGACUUAGGAGUCCAUACUGUACACUGGAAACUCUCAGGCUGAAUGCCUGUCAUCUGUCAAAGAGAUGCUGUGAAGCUCUGGCCUCAGUUCUCAGAUCCAACUCCUCUAGUCUGAGAGAACUGGACCUGAGUUCCAAUGAUCUGCAGGAUUCAGGUGUGAAGCUGCUCUAUGCUGGACUGGGGAGUCCACACUGUACGCUGGAAACUCUCAGGUUGUCUGGCUGCCUGGUCACACAGGAAGGCUGUGCUUCUCUGGCCUCAGCUCUGAGCUCCAACCCCUCCCAUCUGAGAGAGCUGGACCUGAGCUACAAUCACCCAGGAGACUCUGGAGCUGCGCUGCUCUCUGCUGGACUGGAGGAUCCACGCUGGCUGGACACU